AUGUCGCUUGUGCGGUUAAGCGAGCAAAAACACGAAAAUGCGUUCAGUGGUGGAGCAGCUGGCGCUGGAUAUCGCGUAACGUUAAAGCUAGGUUCAAGUGGACCUGUUGGCGAGGCACUGAAAACUCUUUUCUUUGUGCCUUCUGCACAAAGCACUACGGGCACUAGAGCUAAACCUGCAAAGAGGACGCUUGAAGAGGUCCUUGUUGGUGACGAGGAUAUGCCAUAUCGGAGGUAA